CUUGCCUUCCAUGGAAAAGGUGGAGCUUGUGACUUGUCUGAUGUCUCCAGGGACUUGCUAAAGAACCUGAAACGCCAUAAAGAAGAGGAUGUUCUUAAAGGCCAGGCGGUGAAGAACCAGAAGACUAUCUGGAACAGGGGUCUUGAACUGAGGAUGUUACUUCAGAAAGCAUUCCCGUCCUCAAAUAGGCUUCCAUUGGAACCGGUUCGGUCUGCAUUUUGCAAUUCUGAGGAAGAAGUGAGAGUAGCUUAUGAUGACCUCAUUUCAUCAUCCAAAAAGACUUUGGAAUCCCUUGUUGAGCUGCAAGAGGCUUUACUAGAAAAGAAUCCUUCUGUUUCUCAAUCAUCUAAUGGUAAUGUUGGGAAACCUGUGAAGAAGCAGUCAGAUGACUCCAAGUCCUUGAGUGAUGAAGAUGAAGAAUGGUCUAAAAUUUCACAAAUGCAUACAAGGGUAGCUCCAUUUAGAAAUAAAUCCAUAGACAAGUGGCAGAGGAAGACAGAAGUUACAACUGGGGUAGCAGCUAUUAGAAACAAGUUGCAAGCUUUCAAUCAGAAUAUCAGUGAACAAGUUUCUGCAUAUAUGAGGGAUCCAAGCAGAAUGGUUAAGCAAAUGCAGUUGAGAAAGUCUGAUGUUAACAUCUUUGGGCCUGUAAGUUGUUUUACAGCUUCUUGUUUUGUUUUUGAAACGCAUCCUGAUGGUGACCCUGAGCUUCUUGAUGAUACUGAGUUUUACAAACAACUACUGAAAGAAUUCUUUGAGGCACUUGACCCAAACUCAAGUGAGAUGGCAUUUUAUGCUGUAAAAAGAGUUCAGACUAAGAAGAGGAAGGAGGUAGAGCGACGUGCCUCAAAGUCCCGCAAGAUCAGGUACAAUGUACACGAAAAGAUAGUCAAUUUCAUGGCUAAGCGGCCAGAGGAUAUUCCAGAUAUGGCCCCUAAACUGUUUGAGAAUUUGUUUGGUCUCAAGACCCAGAACCGUUGAAUUAUGGCCGGUUUCUACCGUAUACACCAGCUAUGUAUGGGAUGCACAACUCCAUGGCUCCGAAAAUUUUGAUUCCAUUAGCCCUUGCUCAGAUUAUUCUCUUAUCGACUUAUAUUGCGAAAUUGCAGGGACUGUGACUUGUAACGUGGCAUGAUCUCUAAAGAUGGCAUAGCGUUAUUGUAUAAUUAGGGAACAUGAGACAAUGUUACUAUUCGUUCAAUUUACUUGUUAUGCAUGUCUGGUUUGAUGGGUUGCUUGACGGCGAAUGAGAACGAAGAGGAGGGUUUCGUGUAUGGUUUGAGUCGUGAGAUUGAGUGACAAAACCCUACAUCUGGGGACAGGAAAAUCUAGUGUUUCCUUGGCGAUACUCUUCUGCUCAUUUCCCCCUCUGUUGAUAACAGGAAUCAAUAAGAAAGUGAAUCAAAGAAGACAUGGUAACGUGACAGAUCAGUACUGAGAAUUCAUGUUAACGAAAGUUAAAACCGCGGCAAAUGCCUGCCUGUGCCAUACUUGUUCGUCUUUGCUGGCUUCUGUCUCUCCCCUGACAGCAACAAUGGCCUUCCCUCUUAAUAAAAUACCCCAUGAAAGGAG